AGUCAGCGAACGGAACCUGAACAGAACUGGAGACGCGACGCAAAUGGAAAAGAAAACAUAAACGCUGAAAGCUGGAAAAAUGCGCUGUAAAUCGCCAGCCGUUGGAUUGCAAGUGCAAAAGCGCGUUGCCGAGUGUGGCCGUGAAUAAAUCGCAAUGGAAUAAGUUUGGGAAAUUGCGACAAACAGCAGCGCAAAGCGACGGAACCCACACACGCCCCCGCACCACCCCCCGCGCUCCAAGCAGGCGUUGCUAAAUAAUUUCUCCGGGGCGCUCCGCUGGACAAAAAGUGUUUUUUUUUCUUUGGUUUUUAUUCGUUGGCGUGCGCGUAUAAAUAAAUAGCCGAAAGAGCCAGAGAAAAUACAAGGCAGAGAAAAUAAAUCGGAGAAAAAUCAGUACAAAUCAGCGAAUAGAAAGUGUAUACCGCCUGCACUUGUGCCUGUAUGUGCGUGAGUGCGAGUGAGCGAGUGUGUGUGAUGUGUGUUUGUGUGCGGGACGGAGAACACAAGGUGCAAAAUGUUUACAAAAAAAUCGCAUGCCGAUGUGAAGAAAUCCACGGCCAAGUUGCAGGACUCCAAGAAGGAUUCCGCCUCCCGACUGCGGCACCUACGCAUGAUAUUGGAUAAUGUGGAGCUAGAAGAAUCGAAGUGCCUGUUCGAGACCAACUACAGUCAUGUCUACUUCAUACUCUACGACACCUUUAUUCAAGCCGAGGCGAAUCUAAAGCAAAAAGAACUUCCGUUUCACAUUGUGCACAAGGCGCAUCGCGAGGAACUGGACGGUUCACUAUGGCUGCUGGAGAAGAUCCUGUGCCUUCUGCCGGAGUUGUUGGCUCGUCGGUGGCAAUGCCAUUCCCUAAGUCGCAUCAUGGCCAAGCUACUGCAUCUGGGCAACUCGCCCAAGCUGCGACGCGAAGGUGUCAGAUACUUCUUACUGUGGUAUCAGACACUAGGCGAAAAUGCACCAGGCUACGUGCACGCCAUGUACGCGGACCUCAUCCCUGGCCUUAUUGUACCCCAGAAAGGUGUGGUCGGUCCGGAUACAGAGUUCAGUGCCUCGGACUUCCUCACUCAUCCAAACAUGAAGGCGGACGGCGGGAUGGCCUCCGUUUUUCACGACAACGCAUUCUCGCACCCCGUGCAGAGUUCGGAGGUAGUUGCCCUGUUGCCACCUUCAUCCAGCGAAAAAUCAGCGCCACCGGAUCCACGGGAUGGCCUGGAGGUACUGCUAAACAACAUGGUGCACACGACGGCCUGCCUGAGAUGGCGGGAUAAUCGGGCCCAAAAGGAUCAUCGGGCAUUUGCCUUCCUGCUGCAGCGAUUUAUGGAUGUUUUCCUGCCAGUAUUUUCGCCCAACUUCGAUGUCAGUUGCUCUAUCUACAAUCCGCGAUUGGACUUGCCCGUCAUGCGAUCCAUAAACAAAAAGGAGGAGGUAAUGGCCUCUUGCGUUGUGGUCCUCAUCAACUGGGUGUCACGUUUCACACACGAGCGGUUGCUGAGCCACCGAUUGGACUGUACCUUACACAUCGAGGACGUGGACCAAGUGCGUCUACACGGCUAUCAGCAGGGUCUAACUGUACGGGAUGUGUUAUAUGUUAACCGCGAGAACAUCAACUUUGUGCACGAGGUGUAUCGUCAGGCGUUUUUGCUUAACUUCACUUCGAAGCCGCAAAUAGAAGCAAUUCGCACAGCAAUCGCAGUUUAUCGCGACUGGAUGACAGGCGAGACGCCUCCACCGUUUCUAUUGGAGCCAAACGAUGAUCCACCGCCUCCAUCAAAUGCGGGUGGAACUCCCAGGAGUCAACGACUUCGCACACCAUCUUAUGUGGGCGCUAUUGCAGGCUCCAAGGAUCAGUUGGUACUUAGAGCUGGCCGGCAAAAUGUGUUACAGGUCUUUGUGACCAAUGCGGCCAACGUAUUCCUGGUGAACACGGCCAACCUGAACAUCUGCUUUCCCACCCGGUCGCGAAGUUAUCGCUCCACGCCACUGGAGGAGCAGACGGAGAUCUGCAAGAAGGUGCUGAAUGUGUACCGCACGAUGGUUAUGAACACGGAAAUGGACACGCGCACCUGGGAGCAACUGUUAAUGGUUUUACUGCAGGUGACCUCAAUUGUGUUGCACCAAAACCAGCAUACAUUGCCAAGUGGCACCAGCAAGAGUGCCACUUUGGGCGGAAUCCUAGGGUCUGCUAUAUUCCAAACACUCAUUGUCACAUGGAUACGGGCGCACACCAAAGUGCCUGUCAACGUGCUGCUGUGGGAGAAGUUUUUGACUGUCCUGCAAUCUUUGACGCACCGGGAGGAGCUCAUUAUUGAAUGGAAUAAGACGAUUCAAACUCUGACUCGUGUGUUCUCGAGAUACACUUACGGCAUAAACUUGCUGGAUCUACCUUUGGAUCGAGUGGCUGAAAGUCGAGCGGAAAAGAGACGUCGCAUUGGCAGCGUCUGGCAGGGACCGGGAUCAAGCAGCGCUGCUAAUGGAGGAAGUGCUGUUUCUGCUGCAAUUAGCCAGAACAGACAGCGGGAAUCUCUGGCGGAGUCGAGUAGCAGUCGCUCGGAGGAGACUUCGUCGCAGGUGCCUCUUCCAAAUCACCCUCGACCUCAUCACCAGCACACGCAAUCACAGGGAGGAACUGGCCAUGGAACACGACCGAUACCUUUAACUCCCAUGCUAAGUAGAAGCUACAGCGAAGGAAGCCUGGCUUCAGCGGCUCGGAGUUCGAGGAUACGACGUCGACGGGCGGCCACUCCAAAGCCUAAGGCGCUACAGCCGUCACAACUCGCAGAGAAUCGCACUAACCCGCAAGACUUGCGGCGCGCCAUGUCCCUUGAUUCGUUGGCGCGAAAAGGUGAUGCAGAGGAAACGGACAGCUACCAGGAAGGAGACAAUGAAAGUGGAGCGGGCUCGAGGAGUCCGUCACCCACCGCCAGCAGUGGAAUUGAAGGGGGCUCGAUCAAGGAUGCCCAACUGCAGAUUGAUGCGAGUUUGGAUGAUGCGAAUUCUGGUAGUUAUGGAAGUGGCAGUAACUCAGGCAGUGUUUCCGGACGUCGCUGUAUUAUUCUAGGAGGCUCAGCAGAGGGCUGGCAUCCAGAUUCAACCUCAAUCAUGUGGAAACGCAUGCUUGGUGCUCUAGGCGAUGUUAAUCGCAUUCCCAAAGCGGAUUUACACGCCCAGGUGUUUAUGCAUCUGCUAGAAAUGACGCAAAAUCUCAUUAAGAUCAAGCAGAACCAAGGAAUAUCCACGGAUAAUCAAAGCACGCAACCGAUACCUACUUUGGUGCCGCCCAUUGGAAUCGUGGCUCCAUGGUGUUACGGAUCCCUUUCUCUGGAUCGAUCCUUCAAGAAGGGCAAACUCUGGGCCCUUCAAUUGCUCUGUUCGCUUGCGAUUCAAGGUGCUGUGAACAUGCAACAGCUGCCCCUGUUCUAUCAUGCUCUCCACCAGUUGCUGACUGGCGAGGAUCGGGACUUGAUUUAUGCAAUUCUCAAGCACUUAGAAGGCCCUAGGCUCCUAAGUUUGCUUUUGCCAGGACACACCCUGUUGCUGUUGGACUUGGUCCAUGCAAGUGCUAUACUGCUGACUUCUCUGGAGGUCUCUAGGAGCACACCAAGAGCGGAGGUUGCGGCUCUCCUGGGAUCGCUGCUUUGCUAUCCGUCCUCGUUGCUGACACGCUCCGUCCUGCAGCCCACGCCGCAGAAGUUUGAGCUUAUGGAGUGUUCGGACUUGCAAGACCACAUCCUAAACAUUGUGCUGCGGUGCGCCAGGCGAGAGCCUUCAGCCAAGGCACGAUGCAUUGCACUCUCUCAGCUCGGACAGUGGCUGCUAAUGCGCCUUUCUCAGCCAUUAACGGCUUCGAAUUCCGGUAGGGCUAACCUCUUUCAACAGGCGGUGCCGCAUCACAAGGAUGUGCAUCCGAAGGAGACCAGUGUCUACAAUCCGCGCAUAAAGGAGGUGCUACAAGUGCUGCUCCAGGCGUUGCAGUUUAAGCAUCACACCAUUGCCAUUGUAGCUGUGGAUUCAUUAAAGUUGUGCGCCGAGCGUGGACGCCAACUGGCGGCUAUUGAAAGAGUUCCCCAGCUAAUCAUCACUGCCAUCUGCAAAGCUUUGGAAAUCCAAAGCGUAACCAAGCCUAAGGAUUCCGACAAAGUGGUGCUGACUUCUUUGAUGUUGUGCUUGGGCGAAUUCUGUAUGGCUAUUCCGGCUCCUAUUAUGCUGACGCCCUUCAACGAACAAGGUGAUACGUUAGUGCUCCAGGUGCUCAGGGUACUGUUGCAAGUAGCUUCCGGUGCUCCACGUCAUGAGAGAGUGAAACUGACGGCCGACGAUGACUUUGAUAUGCACAUCGCACACGACGAUCUUCAAGGCGAUGGACGUCUGCCGGAAGCCACCUAUCAGACCUCCGAGACCAUCCAGAAGUGCAUUACAGCCAUUAAGCUGUGUGCCAAAGCAGUGUCCAUGCAUUUGGUUACCCACAUCGGUCACUUUCCGAUGGGAAUUGGAGCAUCUCGCUUGAGUUCGAUGGUCGAGGAGCAGGAUGACAUUGGAAAUGCCUCCUAUGGUGGUCAAGUGGAGACGAGACGCGAUUCUGUGGAUCUUCCUUCUGUUGUAAAUGCCCAAAAUAUGCAGCUAUUCAUGCUAAACUCUGGUCUGGUAGCCAGUUUUAUUGAGCUGCCUACAUUAAAACUUCCUGGUGGAGGUAUAACCGCUGGCUUGGUUACAGCCGAUAAGCAAGUUCGGGUCCUAAUGAGGGAUCUCAAUGGAAAAGCUUGCUGGGAUGCUUCUAUCUUGUAUUCAGAACCGCGCAAGGCGGAGGAACCACUAAAAACCACACCAAAGAUUCAACACAGCCAACGGUUGGAUUCCAUGGCGUCCUCCAUGGUGACACAUGAGCUGCAAGCUCCUCGACACACUUUGCGACACCGACCGGCGGGAGUGCUGCCAUUGGCCAAGGACAUGGCACCGGAUCUGGAUCAAUUGGACGAUAUGCUGGCCUAUAUUGGACACACCAGUCCAGAGUGUGUGGCUCCCACUGUAAGCCAGCUGAAUGCUCCAACGACCAGUCCUCUAAGUGGAAACCAAGAAGCUCAGGCCAUUUCGGUAAUUCUGAAUCAACGCCUUUUGGAGCAGGAGUUCGUGACCCACUCGACUCAGGCUCCAUCGCCGGCAUUGCGACACGCCAGCUCGAACUCCUCACUGCAGCAACCGGAUCAGAGGUCACUGCACUCCGCAACAGCAUCGUUUGAUUCCCUGCCCACCCGCACAGAGAUGCCAUUCCAAUAUUGCCGACUGCUCUUUUCACAUUUGGGACUAGCAGGCUGGGAGCGACGGUCUAGGACGCACUUGCUUCAGAGGAGCGAAAAGCUCAUGAGGGAACUGCGAAACGUUGAUCUCCAAAAAUGCCGGGAAACCCACAAAAUGGCGGUUAUUUAUGUGGCCGCCGGGCAGGAGGACAAGGGAAGCAUCCUUAGGAAUACGAGUGGAAGCAGCACCUACGAGAUGUUUGUUUCUGCCUUGGGUUGGGAGAUCGAUCUGGAGACGCACAACGGCUUCUUGGGCGGAUUGCCACGCCAAGGAUGCGGAGCUACAGCUCCCUAUUACGCUACCCCCUUUCUCGAGGUGGUUUACCAUGUGGCCACCAGGAUGCCCUCGGACUCUUCGGAGGCUAUGCUACUGAAGACGCGACAUCUUGGCAACGACGAGGUUCACAUUGUGUGGAGCGAACACAAUCGGGAUUACAGACGUGACAUAUUGCCCACUGAGUUUUGCGAUGUGCUGAUUGUGGUUUAUCCGCUGCGGAAUGGUUUGUUCCGGGUGACUGUGAACAGGAAGCCUGAAGUUCCAUGGUUUGGACCAUUGGCCAACGAGAGCGUGAUAAGUGGCGCCUGCUUGGCCACUCUUAUUCGGGCAACCGCAAUCAAUGCCAGUCGAACGAAGCGCGCCGCCCUGCCUCUCUACCAACAAUUCUACGAGGAGCGCAACCGGUCGUUGGAUAGCGUAUCAUGUCGGUACAAGGAGAGCACCACCUUCGAAGACUUCGCCAGCCGCAUCUACAAUCCCAUGCCGCUGUGUACGCUGGGCACGCUAAGGGAGUCCAAUGCUAGCAGCUCGGCCGCACCUCUGGCUUCUGCAUUGCUGGAUCACAAUCGUGCCUCCGUCAAAGGUUGGGUACAAGCCUCGAUUGAUUCGGGGCCCAUAAUGGGGAUUGCGCCAUCGGCUUCAGCUGGAUCCACCGCGGCUAUGGAGGCAGCCACCGGAAUGACCUCCGCCUCGCCGCGUGGCCCCCGAAAACUGGGUGCUCCGUUCAAGAGCGUGACCAAGAAGCAUUCGCUGCAGCAUAUCGCCGUCGGAGGCGGAGCAGGAGCUGGCGGUGACACGCCGCCCGAGAGCCCAACAUUGCCGCAGCGACGCUUCAAAUAAAACGUGUCACUUUCCUCCGAUUCCUGGUACUACCUGCACCCAUUCCCUUCCCCACCAAUCGGGCCGCGGGCCAAGCCAGGCCCGAAAAGAUGCAGAGAGUUCUAAUGCAAACGAAAAGUAUUGCGAAACACGUUUCCUCCUAUAUUAGUUGUUGUAAUUUAUUUCGGUUUCCAGCUUAGUCUAUCAGUGUAUUUACUAUUUAUUUCUACGGCUCCCAGUCGAAGGCUUCUCUCUACUACUAUCCGCUCUAUUUAAUUUCCCAUAUAACACUGUGUUUUAAUGCUUUGCGAAUUUUACCUAGUUACAAUGAUAUCUUUUUACGUAUUUAUUUAAAAGUCCGCUCGCUUGCGAUGCGGCUGUAUUUUGCGUCCACUCAAACACUAAUUUGAAAUUAUGUUAUCUAUGCAAUCAAUUAUGUUAAUUCAUUCGAUCUAUUGUAAGAAUAUUUAGUUAAUGAGCUUUAAGCAUUCGAGUGCAAAUUGAUUAUCAGCUAGCUGAACAAUUGCUUUUUACGCAUUUACUCAGUUUUAAUCACUGUGCUGCGCUGUUUAUCCAAAGCAAUCUGUUAUUCAAUAUUAUAAAUAUAUUUCUUUCCUUUUAUGUCACAUUUUACGCUUGGCCACAAGACGCAAAUUCAAAGAAUUCGAAAAUCGUUUUAAGUGUCACGCACAAAAUGCAAGAAUAAUCAAAAUUCGAACAUAGAAACUUGCUCUGCCCAUUCAAAGCAACACAUCAACUACUAGUAUUAUGUAAUCGAGCUAUAUGUAUAGGUAGCCUAGUUGUAAGCAUUCUCUACUAUUCAAAACCCUAUCAACUGUCGAUGGCAAUCGUCACUAGGAGUGUGAGUCUUAGAAAGGAAAACAAAACAACAGAGUAACUAAAAUUGUUCAAACAAUCGCCUUUUAUUUGUGUGUAAAAAUGAAAUUGUUACAAGAUGAUUUAUUAACCAGUAUAGGGAUGUUCUUCAUUUGUAUUUCACUGCGAAUUGUUUCAACGAAUUGAUCAAAUUGAUAGAUUUAUAUUUAUAUAUAUUUACACCGAGAUAUGUUAAUUUUGUAUUUAUGUAAAAUGGGCAACUGAAAGUUAAUUGCAAUGCCUUUUUGUUGCACAAAUGUUUUAUGAAAUCUGUAGUCUAAUUAACACAAUUAACUUUAAGCGAGUAAACAUUUUUGUAUAAAAAAAAAAACAUACACAAAUAAAACCCAAUAAAUUGAAAAGCAAAUUAAUGCUAUGUGAAAUUUGUAACUAA